AUGAUUAGCAAGUUAGUGAAUGUUGUUGGAGCCUCUUGUAAGCGUAAAGAUCUGCUUCGUGAGAAACAAGCUGAGAAGAUCCUAGAAGCAAUAGAUAUUGGUAAAACUGAAACUGGUAAAGGGUUAAAUCAAGAAUAUACUCUUCAAAGGGCAACCGAUACACGAUGGGGAUCUCAUUACCGAACAUUGUUGAACAUCAGUACCUUAUUUUCUUCUAUAAUUGAGGUACUUGAGUAUGUUGUUGAGGAUUGUGGGAGCUCUGAGCAAAAGGCAGAAGCAGUCAUAUUGUUGGAUUGGACACAAUCUUUUGAUUUUGUUUUUGCGUUGAUCUUGAUGAAAAGUAUACUUGGAAUUACAAACGAGUUAUCAUUGGCAUUACAGAGGAAAGAUCAAGAUAUAGUGAAUGCUAUGGAACUAGUUGGUAUUUCAAAACAAAGGUUAAAGACACCGAGAAACGAAGGGUGGGAAUCAUUGGUCAAAGAAGUUUAUUUAUUUUGCGAAAAGUAUAGUAUUGCUAUUCCAAAGAUGGACGAUGUCUUUGUAGCUCGAGGUAGGCCUCGUCGUGUAGCUCAGCAAGUGACGAACCUUCAUCAUUAUGAAAAUGAGUUAUUUAAAAAUGUGAUAGAUUGGGUGCUUCAAGAACUUAGAAGUAGAUUUAAUGAAACCACUACUGAAUUGCUACUUUGUAUGGAUUGCUUGAACCCCGAUGAUUCCUUCUCAUCUUUCAAGAAGGAGAAAUUGGUUAUCUUAGCCCAACUUUAUCCCUCAGACUUUUCUAAAACAGGCAUACUUGUUCUUGAGAAUCAGCUUGAAAUGUAUAUUUUUGAUAUGAAAUCUAGUGUUCAUUUUUCUGGUUUAAAGGGAGUUGGAUACCUUGCAAUGAAGCUAGUCGAGACAAAGAAACUUUUCAUUUACCACUUGGUUUAUCGACUGAUCAGACUAGUUUUUGUUUUACCCGUCUCAACGACUUCAGUUGAACGAUCAUUUUCAGCAAUGAAGAUUGUGAAAACUCGAUUGCGCAACAAAAUUGGGGACCAAUGGUUGAAUGAUUGUUUGCUUACAUACAUUGAGAAGGAGAUUUUUCAAACGAUUCCAAAUGAUAGCAUUUUGAAAAGAUUUCAAACAAUGAGAUCCCGUCGUUGCCAAUUACCGAGUACAUGA